AAACACGACAUCGAGCAAACAUCACUGCAAGCUCGUUAAGCGAGAAGUUCGUGUUGCUGGCGUGGCUGGAACGUUAGAGCCGUUAGAGCUAUGGCUAGUCCAAAGUUGUAUCGACGUGAAGAAGUGGCAAAGAAGAACAACAGUCAGGGUGCGUGGAUAGUAAUACAUAAUUCGAUAUACAAUGUAACCGAAUUUCUAAAUGAGCAUCCGGGAGGUGAGGAAGUUUUGUUGGAACAAGCUGGGAACGAUGGUACAGAAGCAUUUGAAGAUGUUGGUCAUUCCACAGAUGCACGGGAAUUGAUGAAGAAGUAUAAAAUUGGAGAAGUUGUUGAGGAAGAUCGGAUAGAAACACACGAGAAGAAACUAAGCUGGCAACCAGAAAAGGAUUCCUCAAGUUCAGGAUAUGGUUAUUCUUUGCUUAAGAAAGAGAUACAAGUAUAAGUCAAAAGGGAAUUAUUUGAACAAAUGGGUAACAUUUAAAGAUUUGUUGUAAUAUGCAGUGAAAUAACCCAUGCACAUGGGUAAUGGCAUCGUUGCUAUUCCAGGAGAACUUAUGAGCACCAUCUUGGAAGUUGAGGAAAUAUUUGGUGAGAUUAUGUCUCUUAUAGGUUAUAGACAUUGCAUACAUAAAGCUGUGCCCAUAAAGUAAUGAUGUUGACCAUAUUAGGAAGUUCUUAACAGUCUCGACAUUUCCCAUUUGAGUCCGAAAUCAUGGUAUUAAUAUAUUCAUCACUCAGUAACUGCUCUUUUUGCUAUACACAGAUUUAAAGUUACCAUAGUUUUCAGUUUGUGUACAGUGAUGCCAAAUGUGGUUUUUAUUUUUACGUGUUCACAGAUUUUAAUUUGUGUCCAUACAGAAAAUAUCAGUUGUUUCCAGCCAAGAGAUCCACAUUUGCUGGAAUCUGGGCUUUAAUAACAUCUGAAACCACUUUUAUAGCUACCAGCAUUUUUAUUAUGGUGCACCAUCAUGGGUUGUAGCAAAGGAACAGGCAGCAUAUGCUCUGAUUAAUGUUAAUAUUGGCUGUAGUUCCACCAACAUACAGUUUCCGAAGAAUCCUUGGUCUUAUCAACAGUAUGUUUGCGAAUCACAGAAAUUCCAAGAAAUAUGAACCCCAAUAUGUGGUGAUGAAUUGCUAUACUAUCAAGGCAACCAUUGACAUGAUGGUGCCAAAGUGUCUUUCCCCCCACUGAAAUUAACAGGAGGCAAGUACUUAUGCAGCUUACUUAAAUAUUUCAUAUGAUCUUCACAGAGAUGUGAAUUCAAGCAGUCAUAACAUGUACAUAUCGAGAGUCAACUUUGACUAGAUAGAGCUCUCGGACAGGAUUUUUCUAUAUUAGUCUGAAUGGGCACCUCUUGUGUGUUUUGGUACAAGCAUACGAAUUUUUCACUUUUUUCUGUUGACUUCUUUUUGACUUAUAGGAUACUAUGUAUAUCGAAAGAAUGACAAUUAUUUUCAGUUUUCAGAAUUCAUUGUUUCUGCUUGGUUUAUUAUUUGUCUUGAGAUGAUUCAUGUGUGUGACAGUGCGCUUUUUCAUAAUAAUUGCAGUUUUUUAUUGUUUUAUUAUUGUAAUAUUUUAAUGUUUGAGGUUGUGUACAAACUUGAGCUCAAGACCUUCGACAUUUUAUCUUCAUUGUUUCUUAAAUUGUGCCCAUAUGGUCUUAUUCUGUUGUUACUGUAUCUUCCAAGGUCAAUUCAUCUUCUGCCUGAUCUCCCCCCCUCCAAAUUUCUUGUUCCUUCCUAAUUUUUUAUUCUAGACUUCUUAUAAAGGUCUCUUCUGUGCUGCAGGAAAUCAGUAUAUGCCUUUGUGUCAAGUACGUUACUGUCAUAAACUGUACUCAAACGCUCUGUACCGCGAGUGCUUUUCAAGUGUUAUUACUGUCAAGAAUAUGAAGGUUCUGCUUCAUGUGUGUUUUCUAU